AUUCCGUCAUUCGUGUGUUCUCAGAUGAUACGUGUUUGUUGAACUGUUCAUGAAGUGUGUUUGAUUGCGUGUCCCUCUUUAAAACCAGGAAAUGUUUGAUGUUGAGCGGAUGUUGAGUUUCUCUCUCUGUAUCUUCAUCAGCAGCGCGGGUGAGAUCGAGCUCCAUCAGUAAUGAGUGAACAAAGCAUCUGUCAGGCGCGGGCCACCGUCAUGAUGUACGAUGACGGCAGCAAGCGCUGGUUACCGGCCGGUUCUGGCGCUCAGGCCAUCAGCAGGGUUCACAUCUUCCAGAACCCCAGUAACAACAGCUUCAGGGUGGUGGGACGCAAACAACAGGCUGAUCAGCAGGUGGUCAUUAACUGUCCUCUGGUCCGGGGGAUCAAAUAUAACCAGGCCACUCCUACGUUCCACCAGUGGCGCGAUGCGCGGCAGGUCUGGGGUCUGAACUUCGGCAGUAAAGAAGACGCGGCUCAGUUCGCCAGCGGCAUGACGCACGCGCUCGACGUGCUGAGCGGAGAUGCCGGUGCGUGUCCUCCUCCUCCUCGACCGCCUCCGAACGGCCCGAGCGCUGAGGAGAUAGAGCAGAAGAGGAGGCAGGAGCAGCAGGAGAGAGAGAGACAGGAGAGAGAGAGACAGGUGUCUGCCGCUCCGGCCCCGCCUCCUGGUCCUCCUCCCGCUCCUGAUAUCAUUCUGAAUAUUCAGCUGUCAGUAUCGGCAGAUAUCAUUCUGGAUAUUCAGCUGUCGGUAUCGGCAGAUAUCAUUCUGGAUAAUCGGCUAUCGGAGGACAGUGGAGCAGCGGCUCCUGCAGUGAGUGCCAGCACAGGAGGAGGAGGAGGAGGAGGAGGACUGAUGGGAGAAAUGAGUGCAAUUUUCGCUCGACGAAGAAAAGUUGCUGACACUCCAGCUGUCAAGACAGAAGAAACCAGCAGCGUGAGUCUCUCUGAGGACAGUGGAGCAGCGGCUCCUGCAGUGAGCGCCAGCACAGGAGGAGGAGGAGGAGGAGGAGGACUGAUGGGAGAAAUGAGUGCAAUUCUCGCUCGACGGGUGAAUUCAGCGUCUAAGAGUCAGGACAAGAGCCCGGUGUCUCCUGCGACUGCGGCUCCGUUGAGCAGGACGAGGCCCGGCAGCAGCACAGGAGACGCCGCAGACAUGGAGAAACUCAAACAGGACAUCCUGGAGGAGAUGCGCAAGGAGCUGCAGAAGGUGAAGGACGAGAUCAUCAGCGCUCUGCUGGAGGAGCUGCAGAAGAUCAAUGCGGCGUAGCUGCGCAUCAGGAAGAUCUGCGCAAACGUCUGCGCAGAGCCACGAACACAAGACGCUUCCCUCUCACGCUUCAAGAUGCAAGAAACUCACUCCUGCCCCCGACACCCUUGUCGUUUUACACCCGCUGCCUUUCACUUCUCUUUUUCUGUGAAUAUUAAUGAUGUCUUUUAAUGUGUUUCUGAUCCGCUGCUGUGUCGAGCGUUCAUUCCGUCUCUUGCAUUUGUGUUUUAAUCUCAUCUGGUUACAUGUAGCGCUCUUACAUGCAUCUAGAAACGUGUGACUAGUUGUUUACGUCUGUAAUGAUCAGAAUGCGUGGGAUUCUGUGUAAUUGCAGGUUAUUUAUCUUGCACUGUUAUGUAAACCGUGUUUGACCGGCAGGGGUUUUCAAACCGGGAGUGUUAGCGGGUCAGUGGAAACGUGAAAAUACAUCAAAUAUGAAAA